AUGAAGCAGGGGAAACAAAAGGAGCAAAUUGUCCAGGGAAAUACACAAGAAGAGGAAAAGGUUGUGCUGAAGGUUAAUGAAGCUAUUUUGGAUCACAAGCAUGAUGCAAAUCAUGAUAUGCUCAUAAACGACAUUAACAUGGAUCCAAAAGGUGCUAAGAAGCUAACAGUUGCUAUGGAUAUUGUAGGGACUGGACAUAAGAAUAAGGUGACAAUGAUCCAAGAUAAGAAACAGAAGAGGCAGAGGAGGCCACUGAAGACUAGAAGAUGCAAAUUGCAUAAGAAAAGUUAUAAGAAGAAAAGGAUUAGGAAAGGGAAAGAGAAGAUGGUGCUCUUUAAGAAAUUGAGGGAUUCCAAUGGAAAUGAGGAUGGGGAAGUGUUGGGAUUUUCUAGCAAAAUGGGAGUUGCAUCAUGA